GUGCAACUUAUAACAAAAACACAGUUAAAAUAUAUCCGAAUCAUGUCAUUUUUACGUGGUUCACUUAACUAUGUUUGGUGUACCACCAGCGUGCUCGGUAAAGGCGCUACCGGGUCUGUUUUUCAGGGAGUUAACAAAACCACCGGGGAAUCGGUGGCCGUGAAGACAUUCAAUCCCUAUAGUCACAUGCGACCGGCCGAUGUGCAAAUGCGCGAAUUUGAGGCGUUGAAAAAAGUGAAUCAUGAGAACAUUGUGAAGCUGUUGGCUAUCGAAGAGGAUCAAGAGGGUCGUGGAAAGGUAAUUGUCAUGGAGCUCUGCACUGGCGGCAGCUUGUUUAACAUCUUGGAUGAUCCAGAAAACUCAUAUGGACUGCCAGAAAACGAGUUUUUGCUUGUGUUGGAACAUCUGUGCGCUGGAAUGAAGCACCUUCGUGAUAAUAAGCUGGUCCAUCGUGACUUAAAACCAGGAAAUAUUAUGAAGUUUAUAUCCGAAGAUGGUCAAACCAUAUACAAGUUAACCGAUUUUGGUGCAGCGCGUGAACUGGAGGAUAACCAGCCAUUUGCUUCGCUUUAUGGCACAGAAGAAUAUCUGCAUCCUGAUCUUUAUGAGCGCGCUGUGCUACGCAAGUCGAUACAACGUUCCUUCACGGCGAAUGUGGAUCUAUGGUCUAUUGGGGUAACAUUGUACCACGUAGCCACUGGCAAUUUGCCUUUUAGGCCGUAUGGAGGACGCAAAAAUCGGGAGACCAUGCAUCAAAUAACAACUAAGAAGGCAUCGGGCGUUAUUUCCGGAACGCAAUUGUGUGAAAAUGGUCCAAUUGAAUGGUCUACAACACUACCACCACACGCGCAUUUGUCUCAGGGCCUUAAAACGCUUGUCACACCACUACUUGCUGGCCUAUUGGAAGAAAACCGAGAUAAAACGUGGUCUUUUGAUCGUUUCUUCCAUGAAGUGACAUUAAUAUUGCGCAAACGCGUUAUUCAUGUAUUUUACACCAAUCGGACCACCUCUGUGGAAGUAUUCUUAGAGCCUGACGAACAAAUUGACAACUUUCGAGAACGCAUAUUUCUACAAACCGAAGUGCCGCUGGAAAAGCAAAUCCUACUUUUCAACAAUGAGCAUCUGGAGAAGAAGGUUACGCCGCGCACUAUUGCCAAAGCAUUUCCAGUGACAACCACAGAACAGCCCAUAUUCCUAUACAGCAAUGAUGAUAACAACGUGCAAUUACCACAGCAAUUGGAUUUGCCGAAGUUUCCAGUGUUUCCUUCAAAUGUGUCCGUCGAAAAUGACGCAAGUUUAGCCAAAGCAGCUUGUAGUGUGGGUCAUGAGUGCAAGCGACGGGUAGAUAUAUUCACCACAAUGGAUAUACUGAUAAAGAAGGGUGUCGAACAGUUUAUUGAGACAUUAAUAACGACCAUAUCGUUGCUCUUUAAAAAAACCAAAAGCUUUGAUAAUCUGUUAGGAACAGUUAUUGAUUAUGCCGAUGUGGUGCAAAGCAUGACCAAAGUGACAAAAGGAGAUCAGGAGCUGAGGGCCCUAUUAAAUGCUUUAGACGAUGCAAAAAACGAUUUUGACAGUGCUGCUGACGUUAUCACCCAAAUGCACAAACAUUAUGUUACUGAGGACACACUGAAUGAUCAGUGGACAACUUCCAUGAGAGGGAAGAAAUGCCCCUGCCGCACACGUGCCAGUGCGCAGGCCAAGUACUUGGUGGAACGUUUGCGGGAUUCCUGGCAACAUCUCUUACGCGAUCGCGCCACACGCACGUUGACCUACAACGAUGAACAGUUUCAUGCGCUUGAGAAGAUCAAGGUAGACCACAAUGGCAAACGGAUUAAGGCAUUAUUGCAGGACAAUGUUAGUCCAGCCGUUGCCCAAAUGGCUGAAUGCUUGGCCGAUUGGUAUAAACUGGCCCAGACUGUAUAUCUGAAGACUCAAAUAUUGGAGAAGGAUGUGCGCGAUUGUGAACGCAAAUUGCAUACCAUUCGUGAUGAGCUUUAUCACAUUAAAUCAGAGCUGAAGCUUGAUAUGGAUACAAAAACUAUUAACAACAACCAAUUGGCCAAAAUUGAGGAGCGAAAUCGCCUGCGUAUUAUGAAGCAACAACAGCAGGAAGUCAUGGCCGUCAUGCGAAAGAAUGGCGAGCUAAUAACUUUGCUAAGCAAAUUGGGGUUGGGAAAUGAUAGCAGCUAAGGUUUAUCUUUGCUAAAACGUUCAAAACGUUAAAUAUAUUUUUAUCACCGCCUACAUUUUUCCUUCGCUUACAUUCCAUUAAACAUACUUGUAUUCUAUAGGAGCACUAAGUUGACUUAUGAUUUCAGGAGUGAGCUUAAGGUCUCAGGGAAAGUGGCGUUGCGAACCCCAUAAAGUAUGUACAAGUAUAGUAGAACAUACAUAUAUUCUUAAUCAGUGUGACGAAUCAAUAUAGCUAUGCUAGUUUGUCUGUAUUAAUGCAAGAGCUACCAUAACCAAACGUUAAAUACAUGGGAGAAAAAUUUUAA